AUGAAGCAGCGAAAAGUAAGUGUUAUUAAUGUUGGUAUUAAAGCAAGUGGAAAAGCUAAAAUAGAACGACAAGAUGUUGAAGAGGUUGACGAAAGCGAAAGCGAGGUUGAAGCUACUACUAGUACUGAUGAAUUGGCCGUUAAAUAUCGUAAGUUAGAAGAGAGUCAUGUUGUUGGUAAAUACGUCGAAGACUAUGAUGCAAUGCAAAAUGGGACGUUUUGUGUGAUAGCGAAAAGAUUUGGUACCUACAUAAUUCACCGCUACAAUGACUCAAAAUCCUUAUUCAUGUUUUAUCCUGAUAGUUACGUUCGAUAUAUCGCUAUAAAGAUUGUGACCCAUCAAUAUCCUUUUGUGUAUCAAAAGUAG